UCACGGGCCGAUUCGGCCCGUGCGAAGCCGGGCAAGAAGAGGCCCUGAGGAAAUUCAUGAAGGUUAAGUUGUUUGGGGGGAUAAGCGGUGAGAAAGUGGGAUCUCUUGAGGAGGUCGCACGUUUGUUGCCUCAACAGGGAUCCAAAGAGCAGGAUGAGAUUGUUGGUGGUCUGCCGGGCCAACCUGAGGGUGUGAAUUUCAAGCAGUAUGCUGGUUAUGUGACCGUGGACGAUCAGGCGAGGAGGGCCCUCUUCUACUAUCUCACCGAGGCAGAUGGCGCCGAUCCUUCGACUAAACCUCUUCUCCUCUGGCUCAAUGGAGGUCCUGGUUGCUCUUCGCUUGGGUAUGGAGCGAUGGAGGAGUUGGGGCCAUUUAGAGUGUAUAGCGAUGGCAAGACCCUCUACAAAAACAGAUACGCAUGGAACAGAGCGGCAAAUGUGUUGUUCCUUGAGUCCCCAGCAGGUGUUGGAUUCUCCUACUCCAACACCACCUCUGAUUACGAACUAAGUGGUGACAGCAGAACCGCAUCUGAUGCCUACACUUUUCUAAUCAAUUGGUUCGAGCGAUUCCCAGAAUACAAGAACAGGGAUUUCUACAUCUCGGGUGAGAGUUAUGCAGGGCAUUAUGUUCCACAACUCGCCUACCAAGUGCUUAGUCACAAUCAGAAGGCCGGAAAAACCAUCAUCAAUCUCAAAGGCAUUGCGAUUGGUAAUGCUGUGAUCAACGAUGAAACUGAUGGACCGGGAAUGUAUGAUUACUUUUGGAACCAUGCUUUCAUCUCAGAUGAGACCAUUGGUGCCAUCCACAAAUAUUGUGAUUUCUCACCAAACGCGACAAGCCAAAAUCAGCAAUGCCAUGAUGCUGCAAGAGAGGCCGACAAAAAUGUCAAUCCUAUCGAUAUCUACAACAUCUACGCCCCUCUUUGCAACUUCUCUGGCUUCACACACAAGCCCCACAAGCGUGUGGAAUUUGAUCCUUGCACUGAUUAUUAUGUGGAUAACUACCUCAAUCUUCCUGAAGUCCAAAAGGCCUUCCAUGCAAAUGUUACCAGAUUAAACUAUCCUUGGAGCGCUUGCAGUGACAUAAUCACCCAUUGGAAUGAUAGCCCAAGCACGAUAUUGCCCCUCUUAAAGGACUUCAUGGCGAAUGGCAUCAGGGUUUUGGUAUACAGUGGUGACACAGACGGUAGGGUCCCAGUGACCGGCACAAGAUACUCGCUGAACAUGCUCAACCUUAGUGUGAAAACUCCUUGGUACCCUUGGUACACUAGAAAAGAGGUUGGAGGUUAUAGUGUGAUAUACAAUGGUGGAUUAACAUUUGCAACUGUUAGGGGGGCGGGACAUGAGGUUCCUAGCUACCAACCUGCAAGAUCCCUCACCCUUGUAAAUGCUUUCCUCAAAGGGAAGCCCUUGCCUCGUCCUUAGAUGGAAACAUAUAGAAAAGAAGCUUUGAACAUAAAUUAUUGUGGAACUCAAAGUUUUUUUAUUCUUUCUCAUAACAUUUAUUAACUUAUUAGAUGCUUCAGUUUUUAGGUCAUUAUAGCUCAAUGAAGGGUGAUUUAUUCAUUAUAUGUGAUCUCUUUUGCUCCAACUAUGUGGGGUUUGUUUA